AUGGGUUUCAACGCCACCGUCCUCUACCCGAACGAGCCCGACACCACCUUCGACAUGAAAUACUACCUGUCGAACCACAUGCCGCUCGUGGAAGAGCGGUUCAAGAAAUACGGCCUGAAAUCCUGGGAAGUUAUUCAAUUCUAUGACACAGCAGCUGGAGGGUCAUCUGCGCAGCAGCAAAAGCAAAGCGGCGAGGAAAAACCACCCUUCGUUACCGGUUGUACAUUGGUCUGGGACAGUCCCGACCAGCUGGGAGCGGCGAUGAGUUCCGAGGACGCCAAACCCGUCUUGGACGAUAUCAAGAACUUUUGUAAUAAGGGUCCUGUGUUUCUGGGCGGUCAGGUCGUGGGCAAGUCUUCGACGUGA